GAUGGGGGAUGGGCUCGAGCUGGGGACCUCGCAAAAGAGGAGAGGGCUGGGGCGGAGCCCAAGGGGAGCCUGGAGUUUGUCUACAAGUCAGCACAGCUCGCCCUUGCUCUGCGUGGGGAAGAGCCAAGUGAUUGCACCUCCCGGCCGGCGAGCGCGCACACGCACACGCGCGCACACAUCCGCACAAGUCUUUGUCAUUGACAUUCUUUUCAGUGAUGCUACAAGACAGAGAGGAAUGGAUAAAAACAUGGGAGAACAGCUCAAUAAAGCUUAUGAAGCUUUCCGUCAGGCAUGCAUGGACAGAGAUUCCGCUGUAAAAGAACUACAACAAAAGCAGACUGAAGACUAUGAACAGAGAAUACGUGAGCAACAAGAACAGCUGUCACUUCAACAAAGUAUUAUUGACAAGCUAAAAUCACAGUUACUUCUUGUGAAUUCCAGCAGAGAUAAUGUCCAUGGCUAUGUUCCUAUGCUGGAAGAAAGUGAAAAAAGGAAAAAUGACAUACCUCUUAAUGUUACCUUUGAUCACCCCCAUGACAAAGUGAAAUCAGGAAUAUCAAGAGAAAAACAUUCAAAGCCCUUUCUACAUUUUCUACUUUCUGGCUUCACCAUAAUGUCUUUGAUCUCAACCUAUCUAACACCGGUAAAAAGACCAGAGUCUUCACCUAGACAGGAAAAUCCUCCAGGGCAUCCAAGUUUUUCUUUAUUCAAUAAAAGAAUAAUAGGUUUAUAUUCAACACACUGCACUUCCAGAGAAGAAAUAGAGAAGAUUUUCUAUGAAAUGAAAGAAGAAUUCCGUAGGAUAUGCAUGUUAGCAAGAGUACAAAGAGACUACUUAAACAGACUUAACAUUCAAGAACCUAUACCUGAAAUACAAUUCUCUAUGCCUAUACAAUGUACUGAUAAAACUGAUGAGCAACAACCAGAAGAACCUUUUAAGCCUCAAGUUAAGGAUGUUAUAAAUAGAGGGUCAUCACACAUCACAUCUGUUACACCGAGAGGACUGGGCCAAGAAGAGGAAAACAACUCUUUAGAGUCACUUUCCAAAUUUAAUGUCAAGUUUCCACCUACAGAUAAUGACUCCACUUUCUUGCACAGCACUCCAGACAAACCCCAAGUUAUGGGUCUGGCCAGAACUGAGGCUGUGGGUCAGGAUAAGUUUGAGAAGGACCUUAGGGAUGAUUCGGUGACUUUAGUGAAACCAGAAGGUGCUCUGUUCGAGCCUCAUAGAAUUGACCUCAUAACUUCAGCAAUGCAAAACAUCACAACUUCUGACAAGACAAAACCUUCGAACUCUAUCAAUACAUGUACCAAGACAGCUCUGGAUAAAGCAGUGUGUCUGCCAGCUGGAGACCAUGAUAUCAUAUAUGUAAAUAAGUUCCUUCAAGUUCAGGACAACCCAGGGGUACUAUUUGCAUCACCAGAUUCCCCAGGAAGAGCUGUCCGAGGACCACAGCAGCCCUUCUGGAAGCCUUACCCUAAUCAAGAGAAUGACUUAUUUGCACUAAGUAGUACAGACUCAGAACUGCACAUACCUCAAGUAUGUGAAUUCUGUCAAGCAGUUUUCCCACCAUCAAUUACUUCCACAGGGGAUUUCCUUCGGCAUCUUAAUUCACACUUUAAUGGAGAGUCUUAAGACAUUUUUAAGACAGACUUGAAUGUGGGAUUUUAUGCAAUGAUUUUUGGUUUGUAAUCCAAUAAAUACUUGAUUGUAAAUUUUUACAA